AUGGCUAAAUGUGAAGUAGACGUUUCAUACUCGAAUAAUAUUGGUCAUAUCAAAGACGGUAUUGUUGAUUUAGCUGCUGGUACAGUAGGUGGUAUUAUAAAUGUCGCUGCUGGACAGCCGUUAGAUACUGUCAAAGUUAAAAUGCAGACAUUUCCAACGUUUUAUCCAAAAGCUAUAGCGUGUUUUGAAUCAGUUUUACGUCUGGAUGGCAUCAGAGGAUUAUACGCAGGUGCUAUACCGGCCUUAACAGCAAAUAUCGCCGAAAAUGCUAUUCUUUUUGCUGCUUACGGAUAUUGUAGAAAGAUGGUUGCAUUUUGUAUUGGACGAUCAAAAUUGGAAGAUAUGACACCAUUUGAAAAUGCUUUGUCUGGUUCGUUGGCAUCCGUUUUUGCAGCAGUGGCUAUUUGUCCGACUGAACUUGUCAAAUGUAAAUUGCAAGCGCAAAGGGAAGCUUUUCCUGGAUUAAGGAGCACUCCAUUCUCAGUAUGUCGUGAUAUGUAUCGAACGGAUGGCUUGAAGGCAUUUUAUACGGGUAUGUUAUCAACCUUAUGCCGUGAAACGGUCGGGUACUUUCUCUUUUUCGGUGCAUAUGAGUUAUCCAGACUUUAUUUGACACCGGAGGGAAAGUCGAAAUCUGAAAUUGGCAUUUUGCGGACAGCACUAUCCGGUGGAAUUGGUGGUGUUGUAUUAUGGAGUGCUGUUUAUCCAGUAGAUGUGAUUAAAUCUCGUAUGCAAGUUGCUGGCUCAGGAAGGUUCAUUAACAUAUUUCGUAAUAUUGUCAGAAAUGAAGGUAUACGAACAUUAUAUAAUGGAUUAACAAUUACAUUGAUCCGUGCAUUCUGUGCAACUGGUUGCCUAUUUGUGAGCUACGAGAAUUCGAAAUUAUUAUUUAAAACGUGGUUAUCAUGA